AUGUCGAUCGAGAGCUUCGACAACAUCUACCUCGACCUCUCCAAAGAGGGCGGCAAAUGCAGAUUCGCAAAGGACGGCUUCGGCUGGAAGCCCUCCCGUGGCGGCGACACCUUCACCCUUGACGGCAGCCAGAUCGGAGGCGCCCAGUGGAGCCGCGCGGCGCGGGGCUACGAGCUGAAGAUCCUCGACCGCACCUCGCGCGUCAUCCAGCUGGACGGCUUCCAGCACGACGACCACGACCGCCUCGCCAAGAUCUUCAAGAACUGGUACAGCUCCAACCUCGAGAACAAGGAGCACGCGCUGAGGGGAUGGAAUUGGGGCAAAGCCGAGUUCACAAAAGCUGAGCUCACCUUCAACGUGCAGAACCGCCCCGCCUUUGAGGUUCCUUACUCGGAAAUAUCCAACACCAACUUGGCCGGCCGCAAUGAGGUGUCUAUUGAAUUCUCGCUGCCUGCUGACGGAGAUGCGAACGGGACUGCUGGUGGAAAGGGGAAGAAGGCGGCCGCGGGUGAUGAUCAGCUUGUCGAGAUGAGGUUCUACGUUCCUGGUACGACGACGCGAAAGGAAGCCGAGGGCGAGGAGGGCGGAAGUGGUCACGAGGAGGAGCAGAAUGCCGCAACUUUGUUUUAUGAGACAUUGAUUGAGAAGGCUGAAAUCGGUGAGACUGCUGGCGAUACUAUUGCCACUUUCUUGGACGUGCUCCACCUUACUCCCAGAGGUCGCUUCGAUAUCGACAUGUACGAGAGCUCGUUCAGGAUGCGGGGCAAGACGUACGAUUACAAGAUCCAGUACGAGGCUAUCAAGAAGUUUAUGGUACUUCCCAAGCCCGACGACAUGCACUACAUGCUCUGUGUCGGCCUAGACCCGCCCCUGAGACAAGGUCAAACUCGAUACCCCUUCAUUGUCAUGCAGUUUAAGAAGGAUGACGAAGUCACUAUCGAUCUCAACUUACCCGAGGAGGAGCUCACCGGAAGGUACAAGGACAAGCUGCAGUCCCACUACGAGCAGCCCCUCCACGAAGUUGUGACCUACAUCUUCAGGGGUCUCGCCAACAAGAAGAUUUCAACUCCUGCCAAGGACUUCCAGACUCACCGCCAGCAAUUCGGCAUCAAGUGCUCCAUCAAAGCGAGCGAAGGUUUCCUCUACUGCCUCGAAAAGGCAUUCAUCUUCGUCCCAAAGCCCGCCACCUACAUCGCCUACGAGCAGACCCAAUCCGUCACCUUCUCCCGCGUCACGGGCGCCAUCUCCGCCCUCUCGACCUUCGACAUCACCGUGCAGCUCAAGAACGGCGCCGGGUCCUCGCAGUUCUCCAACAUUAACAGGGAGGAUCUCAAGGGCCUGGAAGAGUUCUUCCGCAUCAAGGGCAUCCGCGUCAAGAACGAGAUCGACGAGGACGCCAAGCUGCUCGCCGCCACCCUCCGCGGCGAGGAGCUCCUCUCGUCCGAUGACGAGGUCGUCGGCGCCAAGGCCGAUCGCGGAUCUGCGGACGAGGAUGAGGAGAGUGUCGAUGAGGACUUCCAGGCGGAGAGCGAGAGUGAUGUCGCCGAGGAGUAUGACAGUAAUCAUGAGAGUUCUGGGGAUGAGAGUGGGAGUGCGGGCGGUGGUGAGAGUGAUGUUGAUGAUGAGAUGGAGGUCGAUGAGGAGGAGGAGGAAGAAGAGGAAGAGGAGGAGAGGCCUAAGAAGAAGAAGAAGUCGAAGGCGUGA